CGGGAAGAAGAAGAGCAAGUUCCCGACUGCCAAUUUCUGAAUAUCUCCGAAUUAUGGCAAAUGAACAUGCUUUUGCACUGCUCGCAAAUAAAGUACGGUGAAGUGAAAUUUCCGCGUAGUAAUUUUUGAUAAUUGAUUUCUAUCAGAUUUAUUGUAGUCCAUAGUUUCCCCAGCUAAAACAGAAAUGACGACUGCUGUAAAUUUGGAUAGCAUGUCACCUGAAGAAAAGGCUCGUCUACAAACUGAACUUUCUAUUGAAGAUGAAUGGAGGUAUUUGCACCAGCAGAUGCAUGAGAAGCAUAAAGGUCACGAGUCAAUGCAUGCCUGGAUGAUUCUCAUUUUACUUGUUACAAUUAUAGUCUCUCAAAUAUUGUUAGUUGAGUGGAAGAAAAGAUACCCAGUUUCAUACCAGAGAGUAUCUUUAUUUGCAAUGUGGAUUAUUCCUCUCAUAAUUUCUAUCAAUCAUUCUUGGACACGUUUCAUAAUUUUUUGGAUUAUCUUUACAAUUCUAACUGCUUUAGUAGUUAGCCAAGCAUUAAAAACACCUAUGUCUGGCAGAACUCCAAGGUUAGUUUACAAGUGGUUUUAUCUUAUCUAUAUGAUAAGUUAUGCCCUUGGUGUUAUAGGUUAUCUAUUUGUUUUUUUAACACUUCUUGGAGUUAACCUUUUGUUCCAAAGUUUGCCACAGCCCUGGAUGGAUUGUGGCAUAAUGUGUCUUUUUUAUGGACUUUACUACGGUGUCUUAGGGAGAGAUGUUGCAGAGAUCAUUACAGACAAAAUGGCAGCAAAAAUUGGGUAUUACACAGAAUCUGGAAUUCCUGUUAGACAGUUAGAAUCCAAUAUUUGCUGUGUCUGUGGUAAUCCUAUUCUAGUCCAAGAUAAUUCAAAUGCCAUUGUAGAAAAAACUUUUAAUUUAUCUUGUGGUCAUACAUUUCAUGAAUUUUGUAUACGAGGCUGGUGUAUUGUUGGAAAAAAGCAAACCUGUCCUUACUGUAAAGAAAAAGUUGACCUUAAAAGAAUGUGCCGGAAUCCCUGGGAGAAGCCUCAUGUGUUCUAUGGUAGUUUUUUAGAUUUUGUUCGAUACCUUGUCGCUUGGCAACCAGUCAUCUUUUCAGGUGUUCAAUUUUUCAAUUAUAUACUAGGGUUGGAAUAACUGUACAAAUAGUAUUAUUUAAAUGUUGAAUCAAUAAAUAGACUUCCAUUGUUUUUGUAUACAUAACUCAUUGAUUUUGCAUGAGUUCAUGUCAUCCAAUCAUUAUGUAUGUUUUUAAGAUGAAUGUAUUUUUUUCUCAAAUUUGUACCAUUUUUUAAUAUUGCCAGAAUAAUGAAUUCUUUUAAAAAAUACUGGUGUUUAAAAGUUAAAUUUUGUUGAAUUAAAAUAUUAUAUUAAAACCUUGAAAUUUCUUUUUUAAUUUAAAAAAAUAUUUAUUUAGUGUUUUUUUCACAGAGUGUUUAUUGAAUUUCAUUUGUAAAUUUGUUAUAAAGUAACUAAAGUAUGAAUUUAAUUGUAUUCUUAUUUUACUAUCUAUUUUUAUGCUUGCAAUAUAUAUAGAUUGAUGCAACAUGCUGUUUCAACAUUUGAUUAUAUCCUGAUAUCUUCCAAAAUUUUGAAUUCAUUCAUUACUCAUAUCUGCUGGUAUUCUUUUUUUAAAUAACAACUUGUUAGUCUUCAUUUUUCAGAAUUCUUAAAUGUGUUUCAUAACAAAUAAAUUGAGUUUGUGCAUUCAUGACAGUGAGUACACAACCAAAUAUGUUCCAGUUUUUAUUGUUAAUAAAGUAUAGUUCAUGAGUGAAAAUACUGUUAUAGCUUUAUAUCUCUAUAUAAACUUAUUGACUAUUAAUUACGAAUUGGGUAUAUAAGACUGAAUAAAAUAUUUUAUUUUAAAUUGAAUAUUAGUGAAAUACAAACAUAAUAUAAAAUUUAAAAAUAAUUUUUUGAGAAUUUAUCAUUGCAAGUCAUGUGAAUUACAAUCACUUUGUUAAGACGUAAACUUUUUUGCUAUAUGUAGUAUUUAAUGUGUUGAAAAUGGAAUUUAGUUAAGUUUGCUGUUUUUUAUAAGGUAUAUAGAGCUGAUUAUUUGGUACAGCUCAACCUUAUUUAAUUUCUUGCAUGAAAAAUAUAAUCAUGGUUGAAUUUUGAUGAAUGUUAAUACAUGCAUGAAUAUGCACUACCUUCUUCAUGAAUUUCUAAUUUUUAUGAGCUCCAAUCAUUCCAGCAAUAAAAUUUUACUAAACAGUUGUGCCUACUAAUGAAGAAGAAUUUUAGAGUGAAGUUGUAAGGAGUGUUAUUUUGAGAUCUGAUCGGUUUCAAAACUUACCUGUUUCCAUCUGAUUGUCUUAUAAAAUACUAUUAUGAUUGUGAUGAUCUUUGUAAGUGAGUAUUUCUUGAUAUUGUCCCACUUGUUACUUAAUGUGUUUUUCCUUGUAAAUAAGAAAUUUCAAAUCAAGAAAAAGAAAUAUCACUUGAUUGUUUACUGUUAUCUUUAGAUAUUCCUUUUAUUUGUUACAUUUUUAUUCAAUUUUCUUGGCAUAUGUUGCUAGCUUAUGUGUCAAAUAUUGGAUCAUUAUUUUAUCCCAUUUAAAGUUACUGUUAAAAAUUUAAAAAUGUUUACUUCAGUCAUGCAAGUAUUUGAUUUUUUUUUCAGCAUAUAAAUUAAAUUUAUAUAUUUGGGAAUUAUAUAUUUUAUAUCUCUCAUUGAUUGGACAACAUUUUUUGAAUAUCUGAUUAUCUGCUAUUGCAUAAGACUUCAGUUUUUAUUAAUUGGUACUUUUGAGUCAGGAGGGCUGCUUGCAAAUGCCUGUAAAUGUUAGUGAUAACUCACCAGCUACCUUUAUUUCUCAUAUUUAUAAAUUUGGCACUGACGGAAUAACCCCCCAGCAUUCAAGUUUCAUGGUAAUUAUUGCCCUGCUAACGGGAAAGAAAUAUUUAUUACUAUAUAAUAUUGUACUUAUGCUCUUAAUAUUUUUAUCAAGCAUGUUGCAUUUACAAAAGUAAUGAAAUUGAAGUGCAUCCAGAUAGUUCCGGAAUCCAAUUGUGUAUAAAUAGUGAAAAAAGAAAGCUAAUGUGAAACAGCAUAUGAUCAUAUUAAAGAUUUUUAUUAUAAAUACUUUAUAUUGAAAUAUUAAAUAUAAUGAAAUGUAUUGGAUAUUUUGAAAAAAAAAUUGUUUUAGUUUAGAAAUUAUAACGUAAAAAAAAAUUCAAAAAACUAUUUUGUUUUUUAUUGAUGAAUUCUCAUCAGUAUCUAGGAUUUUUUUCCUGUUCAAACUACCGAUUUAUGAAAUUUUUCUGUUCUUAAUUUUAUUGAUAAAUUAAUUCAGAUGUAAAUCACUAUUUCACUAAUGUUCCAUUUUUAUUCUUUUUGUUGUAAACUUUUUUAAUUAGUAAGAAAAUUUAUGCUUAGUGUUUUUAACUUAUGUUACUGCUUUUAAAAAAUCUGUCU